AUGGCUUGGGCGAUAGAGUUGUCCCAUUACAACAUUCAAUACGAGCCCCACCAUGCCAUCAAUACCCAGGCAAUAGUCGACUUCUCGGUAGAGGUGGUCGGCAUCUCGCUCGAGACCCUAAACACACGGUGGAAGCUCCACGUUUAUGGAGCAUCUAACCAAGCAUUUGACAGAGUAGGGAUAAUAUUAGAAAGCUUGGAUGAGGUGACUUACGAGCAGUUCAUCAAGUUUGAGUUUUCGGUAUCCAAUAAUCAAACAGAGUAUGAAACCAUGAUUGGAGGCUUAAUACUAGCGAGAGAGGUCGGAGUAGCAAGGCUCGAAGUCAAUAGUGACUCCCAGGUGCUAACGACCCAGGUGAUUGUCCAGCCCAGAGAGAGGAAUGCUAAAGCAGACCUUUUGUCAAAGUUGGCUAGCACCAAGCUUGGAGCGGGAAAUCGGUCUCUCAUUCAAGGCUUGGUGAAGGAUUCAUCGGUGGCCUUAUGCUCGAUUCAGAGCCAAAAGGAACCACCUUCCUGGAUCGACCCGAUCCAGCAGUUCCUUGAGAAGGAAGAUCUACCAAAGAACACAAAAAAAAGCCAAGAUCGUGAGAAGAGAGGCCGGAAAAUAUAUGGUGGUGUAAGGUCAGCUAUACAAGAUAGGGCUCAAUCAACCUUUGCUAAAAUGCUUGCGGCUCGAACAGACGGAUGGCCCACUGUGUUGACCAACGCUAACGAAUAUGUGAAAAAGUGCCUCAGAUGCCAAGACAAGGCAAACUUUCAUAAGGCACUGGCAGAGGAGCUGAGCUCCAUCAUGGCUUCCCGACCUUUCUCCCAAUGGGGAGUCGACUUGUUAGGCCCAUUUCCGAUGGCCUCGGGACAAAUCAAAUACCUAAUCGUGGCCAUUGACUACUAUACCAAGUGGGUAGAAGUAGAGCCAUUGUUUGGAAAAUUCUUAUCAUGCCUUGGUAUCAAGCAAAGGUUCUCCUCUAUGGAGCAACCCCAGAGGAACAGGCAAGUAGAGGCGGCAAACAAGGUCAUCCUAAAAGGGUUGAAGAAGUACAUGGAGCAAAGGAAAGGCUCGUGGACAGACGAGUUAGCCUCGGUCUUGUGGUCUUACAAGAUAACGCUACAGUCUGCUAUCGGAGACACGCCUUUCUGGCUCACCUACGGCGUAGAUGUCAUAAUCCCCAUCGAGAUAGGAGAACCUAGCCUAAGGCUGCUAUUAGAAAAAGGUGAUGAGGCAAGUGAAAAGACCUAG